ACUGAAGUGAACCGUCUGCGCGCACCAUGGGAAAGCCGGACGGUUGCCUGGUUUAAAAUGCUACCGUUUUAUAAUGGUUAAGCUUACUCAUUCGGUGACGAAACUGUAAUUAUAGAUGUUAAUGGAUUUACAGAGUAUCUGAUAUGCAAGGCACGCAUCACUGGGAGAAUAACAACUCCUACCGCUUGAGUGGGGAGCCACUGUGGUGAAGGCACAGACAGGAAUGAGUGCGUUGGUUUCUCAUCGGGCUCUCGUGUCCCACGGAUCUGUGCGUCGCAAGCAAGCAAAAGUUCCGUCGCCUAUAAUCUAUAGCGCUAUCAACUACAAAGAACAUGACAAUUGCUUUUGUUGAAGCCAUCCACCUUCAUCUGUUUACCGCAGUCUUUAAAUUAUAGACGUCUAUGGUUUUGUUCAGAGACUGAACAAAAAGCCUUUCUUUUUCUCACUUUCAACUCGCUUUUACGCGGAUUUGGGAAUCAUGGUGCUUAUGGUGUUGGUGCACAAGGCGAUGCUCGACUGCAUUGUGUUUCUCAUUGGCAUGGGCAUCGUGGCCGACGUAGUGGUCGCCCAGAAUGACACUGAGCCCAUUGUCCUGGAGGGCAAAUGUCUGGUGGUGUGCGACUCUAAUCCCGCCACCGAUUGGAAAGGCUCUUCUUCGCCGCUCGGGAUCUCGGUGCGCGCCGCAAAUUCCAAAGUGGCAUUCUCUGCAGUAAGGAGCAACAACCACGAACCCUCGGAAAUGAGCAACAAAACGAGGAUCAUAUACUUCGAUCAAAUCCUUGUCAACAUCGGAAACUACUUCACUCUAGAAUCGGUGUUUCUGUCUCCAAGGAAAGGAAUAUAUAAUUUCAACUUCCAUGUCAUCAAGGUGUACCAGAGUCAAACGAUACAGGUGAACUUGAUGCUAAACGGGAAGCCGGUGAUCUCCGCGUUCGCGGGCGACAAAGACGUGACGCGGGAGGCGGCCACUAACGGGGUGCUGCUGUACCUGGACAAAGAGGACAAGGUCUACUUGAAGCUGGAGAAGGGCAACCUGGUGGGAGGCUGGCAGUACUCCACCUUCUCUGGCUUUCUAGUGUUCCCCCUGUAA